AUGGAUGAGAAUUUAAAAUUAACACAACUGGCCAUAAGGGAAUUCAAAGUUGAUAAUGCACAUGAUUUCUGUUUGAACUCUUUGGGCAAUGAUAUGUUAUUGGGAGGGAAUUCAUAUGAAUUUCACAUCUUGGAAAUGCUGUAUUCCGUCGAAUUGUUAAUACCUCUGCCAUAUCAUAUUAAGUAUGUUCAAGUCUCACACGAUAAGCCACUUACCAACCUGAGUAAUCCCAUCGAUUUGGUAAAAAUCUAUGAAACAGCUAAUGUGUUGGAGAGCCAAGAAUUGUCCAUGGAUCCAUUGUAUGUGUAUGAAUGUUCAGUGGAACCGAUAAAGCCAAGACUGUUGCAAGCUGAUUUGGUGCAAGGCCAUAAUAACGAACAUUUGUGUUGUAUGCUUAACACGUACGGAUCAUGCGAGUUACUGCAUAAAGAUGUUUUGACACACGAAUGGAUUGUAUUGAAGACAAAUUUGAACAAUGUUUUAUUAUCCAAUGUAUUCCCCUUGAACAAAACUCCCAAAGAUAUUAAAAAUUUCUCAACAUACAAGGAGUUCAUUGGUACCUACACAAUCACGGCUUUUACAUGGUCGUUUAUUGACGAUUGGCCUGUGAUAUAUGUGGCCACAGCCAUAGGAUAUGUAGUGGCUUUAAAAUUCCGCUGGGAAACCAACGAAUUUGUGGAGUUAUUUCGUUGCAAAACAUCCAUGGGAAGAAUUACAUAUAUGACAACAAAGGAUAAUUUGUUGAUCGCGGCAUGUAAUUUAGGACAAGUCGCUUUAUUAACAAUUGAUUCCACAAGAAGAACAUUGACGGAAAAACAUUAUCUGUGGAGUAAAAAAGAUCGUAUGAAUUGUCGCAAAGCUAUAAUAAAUUAUAGUCAACUAUGGAAAUCUUACUUCAUUGUAUACUGCAAGGGAGCAAAUAUUUUGGCAUAUCGUCUAGACACUGAUGGUAAUAUAUUAUCGAAUUCAACUCUAUAUACAAAAGGUAUCAAAGUAACAGGUUUGGAAUAUAUAUCAUCGGAGGAGUUUAUUGUUACCACUAUACUGGGAAUAAUUACCUAUAUUCGCAUAAAUUGCCCAUCACACGAGGAGCUCAUUAUAGAAACACAAAAUAUCGAUCAUGAUCUCGAUACAACAAAUUUACAAAUUUUAGGAGUUGCUGCUUCUGAAUCACGCAGUCUUUGGUCAUUUUUUCUAUCACGCAAUAAAGAUUAUACACAUCAAUCCAAACACUCUCCAAAUACAGCAUUUAUUAGCGUUUGUAAAAUUAGCAAUCACGAUAGUUUAAUUAAACUUAUAAAUAUUAAUCUAAACACAAUGGAUGUGGCGAAGGAUUUGGUAUUGUCAAUUAACUUGGACAUAAUCAAUAAUUUAAAUGCUGAUAAAUAUAAUGAAUUCAUGAGUUUAAGCCGCUUAAGUAUACCGAAAAUUCUGAAUGACGCUUAUCUUCAAAAAUUACAAAUAAAGCUAUUGAUUGUAAGAAACUUUGCGAAAUAUCAAAAAAUGAAAUAUAAAAACGUGAAACGAAAUACUGAAAUGGAGUUGAUUUUUCUAGAGGCGAUUGUCCAGAUGCUAUACAUUAUUCAACGUUUACAGUAUUUACAAACUGUACGAACACCAGAUGUAAAGCUGUCUUCAUUUCAAGAGUUAUCGGUGACAUGUAUGCAAUCACAGUUUUCUCGAUUAAUCAAUGGCCUGGCUAAUAAUGAAAGUGAAUCAAAUCAUUUGCAAAAUACAAUGGAACAAUUCAAAAAAGUCCUUAGUGAGGAAUAUAAUAAAUGUUGUUUUGAAACCGAUGGAUUUAAAUGUAAACCAGAGCGUUGUGAAAUGUGUGAUGCUGAUAUUAGUGCAACCACAUUUGAUAAAUGUAGAGAGGGACAUGAAGUUAGAAGAUGUACCAUUUCCUACGUACAGAAAACCUAG